GGAACGUUCCUUGGAUCGACUCCAUUCUUGUACCCGGCCGCAUAUUUAAGCUUACAAAGUCGUGGUAGUUUUGACUGUAUUUUUUGGCAUGGCUUGUAAUAAUAUUCCUGUUAUGACUACUGAAAGAUCAACUGUUGAAAUUGACCAAGAGACGAGCCGCGAACAAGCUGGUAAGUCCUCACCCGCAUUGUGCUAUUCUCCUUCAGUCCUUGUAUGAUCUUGUAUUCUGGAAUGUGCUUUUAAUAAUCCAAAGGAAACCCAAUGUUAACCUGAGUUGGAGGCGGCCUAUAAAGCAUAACCACUGAGUGGCUGUGAAGAAGGCUAAAAAACGUUAGACGCAUUUAUUUAGGAAAUGUAAGGGAUACAAAAGAACCUCUCCACAAUUCAGUGACGAUUGUACCCUAUUCUCGUUGAUCAGGUUCAUUUGAAAUCGCCAGCUAGAGUUCGCAUACCCAUACGAUCCGCGUUUUUUUAAAGAUAUGUCAUAGGCCAAAUGGUACGAAAACAAAGAUAAACCCUCUUUAAACAAUACAAACUGUAUCGGCUUCCAAGCGAGCAUUCGCCACCGCUUAAUCUCCGUGGAUGUCACGCAACGCUGACUCCCCAAAGGUAAAGGAUGUCACGCAACACGCCUCUCUUUUUGCGGCUCAAAAACGGUUCCGAAAGAGAGUAUUCCCCCAUUCUAGACUUCACAGAUGUUCCCUCUGAUUACGAGUGUGUGGAUAGUGUAUCAUGAGAUUGUGAUAUCGACUGAUCAUUUAUGUACCAGUCCAUGGACCAGUCAGUUCCAAAAUUGCCUACCCCCCUCCCCCCCACUCCACCCCCGGCCGGGUUAUCGCCAAACAGUGGAGAAUUUGACCCAAAAUGUUGAAAGGUGCUCUCUCUCAUCCCAUACAUACAUGCAAAUAAAACACAUAUUUCCUUGGCCUUGAUAAAUUCAGGACCUGUUUAUAUGAAGUGAGCCAUAUAAAAUUUAUUAUAUGGGUGGUUUUCACGUUACAUCAUUGCCGCCAUGCUGGUGGACGGUAAACAAAAGAUUGCUCAUUAGCUUGUUUUGUUUGUCCACCAGCAUUUGUUCAUUUCACCAUUGUUAUUUGUGUCUCCCGAGAUUGCAUGAAAACCACCUAUAGAUUUAGCCAGGGCUAAAAGCGAAGCUCUGAUUAAUAAUACUUAUAAACAAAAGAAAUUAAAUCAUGUAAUGCUAAAUGGGGACGGCAAUGAAAAUGGCAUCAAAAUCAAUAGAUCUAAUUUGCAAAAAAACAAAUUGCAUGUGCAGCACACUUUUUUUUCUAAUUAGCAGAAAAACAAAUUUGCAAGUGCAGCACGCUUUUUGUCUUUCUUUGCCGUAGUUUUGCACAACUACAAUGUUGUUUUGUAGGAGUAAAUUGUCAAACUUCCUAGUUACAGAUUAUUUUUAUGGAGGAAUUAUCGUAUGUGCUUACCCAAUAUUUUGUCUCCUGUGUUCAUGUUCGCUUUUAUUUUUCACUGCCCCUCAUAAUUUUUCACCUUGCUCCUUGCUGACUGCUAGCAUUUCUCAUUGUCUCAGCCGCUUUGAAUUUUCAUGUUUUUCUUCCUAGAAAAUUCGUCUCUUUUGUUUUCAAUCACUCAUUCUGGCUCUUUCUUUGUUAUCCACAUGAAUGGAAACGUCAAAAAUAACAUUGAAAAAGAUACAACUUUGUUGUUGUUUUUUCUUUCUUAAAGUCCGGGCGGCCAUGCGAUUGCUAUCCAAAUAAAACCUUGAGUUGCAUUUCAGUUGCCAUACCUUUUGAUUGAAUUAUUUUACAUUGGUAUGCCUGUGGUGCGGACAGACUCUUGGGAGGUCAGUCGGUCACCUCUGGUGCUCCGAUGUGUGCGCUUCGCGCGCAAGAGCUCCACUAUAAUAUGCAAAGUAGUUGGAUGGUUUUACAUGGUACUGAAGUAUUUUUUUCUGCAUUAAUUUUUGUUCAGAGGGACAGAACAGAAAACAUAGAUUUUAUUACCCGUGGGAAGAGAGCGAUCUGGUACUGGUGGUGGAGCAGGAGAAGUUUCAUGUCCAUCGCUUAAUACUUUGUAUGAAUUCCCCAGUAUUCAAAGCCAUGUUUACUGGUCAAUUUAAAGAAGCAACAUCCAGUGAAAUUCCUUUGCCUGGGAAAAAGGCAAAUGAAAUUCUGGACUUUCUGCAUCACAUUUACUAUCAGCACAUCCAAGAACCAGUAGAAAUUACGAGUAAGUUUCUUUUCAGCAGGAGUAUUUUAAAAUUAUUACUUUAAUUUUGACUUUUGUAACAACUCUAGUGUAAGGUUUGGCUGAGGUGGAAGUCCUCAUAACUAUUAACCUGGGAGUUAAGGACUUGUUUAAAAGGACAUUAAAAAGUCGGCUUUGUAAGUAAAUAAUUUUUGGCUUUUAAUUUUAUUUUACGUAGUUUUUCUGAUUGCUUUAAUGGAAUUGACACUGCAAAGUCAGCUUUUUUCUAGUAAAUAUUUUUAGGCCUUGAAUUUUAUUGUUAAUAGUUUUAUUAAUUGUUUUAUCAAAGCACCCAGGCUUGUCCUACCCAGUUCCCAUAUUUUGAAUUGGGUUCUUUCGUUUAUUUAAGGGGCCUUUUGCAAUUGGUAGGUUUAUUGCAUUUCAUAGUACAUGCAUUAUUUACUAAUUAGCUGUCACCCAUUUAACCCUUGCCUACCAGAGCAAAAUACACCCAGCAACCGGCUACCUUUCUCAAAGACCAGAGUUCGUUUUUUCAAGGCAACUCAAACAACUGGACUUUUAGUGAUAAUAUUUCAUUUGUCUGAGGAAGCAUAUUAUAAGUCCUGGGUCUUGGAGUGACCUCACACAGGACGUAUAUAUACGUCCUUGGUAGGCAAGUUGUUAAAGUUGGUUUGUCUUUUUCAGUGCACAAUGUGGAGUACCUUCUCAAGUUAAGUGAUGAGUACCAAGUUCAGCUUAUCUUCAAACCAUGUGUCAAGUUCCUUACUGAUGUGCAAAAAACAAAAGAAAAUGUGAUGAAGUUAUUGCUGUUGGCAGACCGUUAUCACCUAGACAAUAUCCGCCAGGGAUGUUGUGAUAACCUCCUCAAAAAUAUGAAACUGAAGACAAUGCUGGAAGCUGUAGAUUUUCGAGAUCUUUAA